AUGUGUUGGUUUCCGGCAUUUCAGGAACUACCCCCGGGAGUUAAAUUCAUCGUGUUGGCUUCGGACCCCGACCUUGUGCGACCUUGCCAGCGGCCGGCCGGCAGGACAUGCUUAGAUAGAGAGUUUAAUGUAGUGUCAGACACUCGUCAUUGGCAUGUGAUUCAAGUUCGUAUCAUCAAAUACCGAGCUCUGUGGAUGGUGUGUGAGUGUGACGUCACUCAACACACAGUAAUGACCAUCUCCUCUACAGACCAAGCUCGUGUGAAGCGCCUCGCCUCCAACAGUGACUGA